GGCGGCUGCGGCGGCGGCUGGAGAAAAGUUGUCCUGGCCAGAGCGCGCGCUGCCGCGGGAUCCAGAACCGCCGCGGCGCCACGGCGGGGGCAGGCGAGACCACCGGAUCUGCAGCCGGGCCGGCCGACUCGCAGCCGGGGGUCGCCCCGGGGCAUGGGACAGCCGGCGGGGACCGCGGGCCGGCGCUGCGCCCCAGGCGGGCGGAGAGCGGCCUGAGCUGCCGGGACGCAGGAUGCGCUCCGAGGGCGCGGCCCCCGGGCCGGUGGCGCCGCUGUGCGGGGCGCUGAGCCUGGUGCUGGGCGCGCUGCUGGGCAAAGUGAUCGAGGGCCGGGGAGUCACAGACAACGUGCCGCGGUUUUCUUCUCUGCCGCCCUUCCUGCCCGUGAGCUACCGCAUCCUCGGAGCGGAGACCUCCUUCUUCCUGAAGGAGGCCCACCAGGACGUCAUGCGCAACUCCAGCCUGCACACCAGGGUUGAGUCCUUCUUCACCUACAAGGCCAAGAGACCCCCGGUCCUCAACGCCAGCUACGGGCCCUUCUCCGUGCAGAAAGUCGUGCCUCUGGAGCUGAUGGUCACUUCGAACUUUCUAGGCCCAACCAGUAAGUUCGGUCUCAACUGGAAGCUGAAGGCGCACAUCCUGCGGGACAAGGUGUACCUGAGCCGGCCCAAGGUGCAGGUGCUGUUCCACCUGCUGGGCCGGGACUGGGCGGCCCCGAGCCCCGGCGAGAGGCUGCCGUGCCUGCGCCUGUUCGCCUUCCGCGAGACCCGGGAGGUGCGGGCCGGCUGCCGGCUGCAGGGGGCCCUGGGGCUGUGCGUGGCCGAGCUGGAGCUGCUGGCCGCCUGGUUCGGGCCCCCCAGCGUGGUGGCCGGGAGGAAGAAGGCGCCCGGGCCGCCCGAGGGGAGCCCCGUGGAGCUCUACUACUCCGUGCAGCCGGGGGACGCCCGCGGGGACUGCGCGGACGGCGACACCCGGAAGGGUAAUGCCAUCCGGCCGGGGAAGGACGGGCUGGACGAGGCCGUGCCCCACCUGCAGAGGAUUGGUGCUGUGAGCCUCUACCGGGCCCAGGACACGGCCCAGCUCAGCGAGCUGCGUCUGGACAGCAAUGUGGUCAUCUGGUUGCCCUCUCGGCCGGUCAAACAAGGAGACGUGGUCACUGCCUAUGUCACCGUGGCCAGCAAUUCCACUGUGGACCUCUUCAUCCUGAGAGCCAAGGUGAAGAAGGGGGUGAACAUCUUGGGCACCCGGACCAGCGAGCCCCGGCAGUGGGACGUGAAGCAGGAGCUGGGCAACGGUGGGAAGCACGCCACGACCACCGUGCUGUGCCAGCGCCUGGGGUCCGGCGCGCGCAACAGAAGCAGCAGCUUGUUCAGCGAGGUCGUGCAGAUGAACUUUGAAAUAGCCAGCUUCAGCAGCCUCUCGGGGACGCAGCCCAUCGCCUGGCAGGUGGAGUACCCACAGAAGACGACCACCGACACCGCCGUGUCCGAGAUCUUCAUCAGCCAGAAGGACCUGGCCGCCAUCGUUCCCCUAGCCACGGACACGGAAAUUCUGAACACCGCCAUACUCACGGGGAAGACGGUAUCCCUGCCCAUCAGGGUGGUCUCCGUGGAAGAGAACAGCGCUGUGACGGAUAUCUCGGAGUCGGUGGAGUGCAAGUCCACAGACGAGAACGUCAUCAAGGUGUCUGACCGCUGUGACUACAUCUUUGUCAAUGGCAAGGAGAUGAAAGGCAAGGUGGAUGCGGUGGUGAACUUCACCUACCAGCACCUGAGUGCCUCCCUACACGUCACCGUGUGGGUGCCCCGGCUGCCCCUGCAGAUUGAGGUCUCUGACACAGAGCUGAGCCAGAUCAAAGGCUGGAGGGUCCCCAUUGUGGCCAGUAAGAGGCCCACGCGGGACAGCGAGGAUGAGGACGAGGAGGAGCGGCGGGGCCGCGGCUGUGCCCUGCAGUACCAGCGCGCCACCGUGGGCGUCCUCACCCAGUUCGUGGCCGAGGGCGCCGGCCCGUGGGGCCAGCUGAGCUACAUGCUGGGCCCUGACUGGCAGGUCGACGUCACCCACCUGGUGGCAGACUUCAUGAAGCUGGAGGAACCCCACGUGGCCACCCUCCAGGACAGCAGGGUCCUGGUCGGGCAGGAGGUCGGGAUGACCACCAUCCAGGUGUUGUCCCCACUGUCCGACUCCAUCCUGGCAGAGAAGACGGUAACCGUGCUAGAUGACAAGGUGUCAGUGACGGAUUUGGCCAUCCAGCUCGUGGCCGGGCUGUCGGUCACCCUCCACCCCAGCACGGAGAACAGCAAGGCCAUCACUGCUGUGGCCACAGCUGAGGAGCUGUUGCGGACCCCCAAACAGGAAGCCGUGCUCAGCACUUGGCUCCAGCUCAGCGACGGCUCGGUGACGCCGCUGGACAUCUACGACACCAGGGACUUCACCCUGACUGCCACCUCCCUGGACGAGGCCGUCGUGUCCAUCCCCCAGGCCCGCUCUCCCAGGUGGCCGGUGGUGAUGGCCGAAGGGGAAGGCCAGGGGCCCCUGGUCCGAGUGGACAUGACCAUCGCGGAGGCCUGCCAAAAGUCCAAACGCAAGAGCGUCCUGGCCGUGGGCGUGGGCAGCGUCAGGGUCAAGUUUGGCCGGAACGACGCUGACUCCAGCCCCGGAGGCGGCGGCGGGGACAGUGACGAGGCUGAGAUCAAGAACCGCGCCAGCGACCGCCGGCCGAAGGGCCAGGAGCCCGAGGGGCCCCUCCACGGCAGCUCCCCCGGGGAGCGCGAGGAAGGGGCCCCCCAGAGAGGCGGCACCACGGCCAGGCCGCUGCUGGACAACAGGGUGGUGAAGAGCGGCCGGCCGGACGCGGGCAGGCCGUCGGGGGAGGGCCCGCCGCAGACCAUCCCCCUGGACUUCACCAACUUCCCGGCCCAGGUGGACCUGCCCCGGGCGGGGGGCGGGCUGGGGGCCAGCGACCUGGUGCCGACGCCGCGGGGCCUGAGCGACCUGGAGAUCGGCAUGUACGCGCUGCUGGGCGUCUUCUGUCUGGCCGUCCUCGUCUUCCUCGUCAACUGCACCACCUUUGCCCUCAGGUACCGGCACAAGCAGGUGCCCCCGGAAGGCCAGGCCUCGGUGACGCACGCGCACGACUGGGUGUGGCUGGGCAACGAGGCGGAGCUGCUGGAGCACGCGGGCGGGGGGUCGCCGCCGCAGGCCGAGCGCACCACGGUCCUGGACCACGCGCCGGGCGGCAGUGAGGAGAGCGGCCGUCUGCUUCUCAACGGCGGCGUCCAGCGGCACGCGCAGGGGCAGGUGCACCGGCCGGACGCGGCGGCCAGGCCGGCCAGGGACCCGAGGCUCGAGCCCCUGCACUCGCCCACCUCCAAAAGGAAGAAGGUGAAGUUCUCGACCUUCUCCACCGUCCCCACCGUCCCGCCGGACGACGGCUGCCCCGCCGUGAACUCCAUCCUGGGCGGCGGCGAGGACCUCAGAGACUACCUGGAGAAGCUCACGGACCAGGCGUAGGUGCCCGCGCCCGCCCGGCGCCUCGCUGGGUCCCAGAGUGGGUCCGGGGACGCCUGGCACGGAGCGGGCCGCGCUGGGGCCGCAGACCGCGGAGGUCCCGGAGCCGGGAAAGGCCCUGGGUCCCCGACAGCGAGGGUUUUCAGCGGCGGGUGACGGCAGAGCUCCGGGAGUCGGCGGAGGAACUCUGGGCAGGCGGCUGACCGAGACGCCAGCCUGCGCACGAGGCCACCGUGGGAAGGCGAUUUUAUGAGUCAGAACAGAACACAGACAAGCUACCAAAAAUUAUUUGUUAAAAAAUGCAAAAACACAAAAUAAAAAGACAGAAGCAAUCAUCUCUUUAUAUUUCUAAUAAAGGAGCAAAAUGCACAGCGAGGGCCUGCGGAGGCACAGUUUCCGUCUGGGUUCCGUGCCCCCUUGAGAGGACAGCCUGGAUCCAUCAGCCCCGGGGGGAGGGGACGCCGGAGGAGAGGGGUCAGAGCCCCAGCGCCUCUCGGGGUGAACCUGAGGGUUUUCUGUCUUCACACGACUCUUCUGUGUCCCCACAUUGUCUCUCCGCCCCCCACCAUGUUUUCCUUCUGUGUCCUGCAAGUCCACUUGAUCUGUAUUUAAUGUCAUUUCUGAGGGUCAAAUGGUAUAUUUUUCCUAAAUUAAACGUACAUUAUAUUCCUAUAUGUUAGAUGAAUUCUUAGCAGCAGUCCCAGUGAAUCCAUCCUUGAAGUAGUAGUUUCAAUGCUUUUCUGUAGCCCUCCAGCCUUGAUGUUCACGGGGGUCUAAACACCAGAGGGGGAGGGGGCGCUGCCUCGACCCCCCACCCCCGAACACCCCCACUUGCCGGGCCCCAGGGCCACAGCCAGUGGGCGGGACGCUGCCCGGGGCUGUUCCAAGGGGACACGGCCGGCCCGGCCCCCAGUGUCACCAUCGCUGGGGAUACGAGGAGACCCCACUGAGGGGAGGUCGGGUCCCCUCUGUGGGGGAGAGGCCGUAACCCCGGAAUAAUCUGCGCAGCCUCCCGCGGUAGAGCUUUCACGGGACCUCCUGACCUCGGAGCGAGGACCCCAGAUGAAAACUGCUGGAGGGUUUUCGAGUUGUUUCUCAGACUUUGUUGGGCGGAGCCUACCAGCACGAACCGGAGAGAUUAAAAUCUAUGUUAGAUUGUCCAUCCACGGUGGUUUUUAACAGCCUAAUUGUGCAGCAGCACAUUGCAAAACGCGUUCAUCCAAAGUCGACUGUGCGCAGCGGGGAAGAGCGCAGUGAUGGGAGUCGGGCCCUCGGGGGGCGGCCGGGCUGGGGUCGCGGCCGGCCCGUCCUGCUCUCGGCGACUGCCGGGACGCUCAUUGUUUUUAUUUUUUUAAUUACUAAAAUCAGUAGCUAAGAAAGGGUCCUUGAAAGCCUCGUAACCUUAGCUGGACCUUUUAAAGAGAUAUUUCUAGCACAUGUUAUAGACGGAAAGGAGAAGAUAUUUAUUUAUACCUGUGAUGCCGAUUGUCAUUAAAAUGCUUUUCCAUGGCUUGACAAGUAUCUCGUGGGGUGUUUCUUUUCUCCCCUGAUGCCCAUUUCUUCUUCCCCCACCAAACGGACAACCUGCUGGAGAAACCUCCUGUCCGCUGGGCUCGAGCGGCCGACCUCUCGCUCUCCCUCUCGGCUCCGUGAUGGAGCCGCCCCAAAUCCUGGGAUCUCUCGGCCACCAUCCUGGGCACCCGCAGCUCCCAAACCUGCACGUGCCCAGAACUGCCAGGAGGGCCAAUGAAACACAGAUUGCUGACGUGGGGCCAAAAGUGUGCCUUUCUGCCAAGCUCCGGGAUGACACGGAGGCCACCGGUCUGAGAUCCUGCCAGAGGGGGAGGGUGGCAAGCCAGGGAAAAGGUCUUCUCUGAUUUUGAUUGUCUUUGUGCUUGUCAUUUGAGAUUCCCAUGGGAUUGUUGCUGCUGAUGUUAGCUGGGGGUAGAGCAUUUUUAGAU